AUGGAAGGAAGAAUUGCUGUUAUAAAGACAGCACUCGAGAGCUUUAUUCUCGAUCCUAAAAAUGCCGAAUUUCUUGCCAUCCUUAAAGCUGCUCGCAGCGGCGCUGUCUACGGCGCCAAAGUCAGGUUUCCUCAUGCAUUGGUUAUGAUGUUUCUAUUUCGAUCUGGUACCGUCCGUGAAAAGAUAGGGCUGAUACUUCGCGCAACACGAACACAUGCGCAAAAUCUCGCGAAAUAUGCUACGAUAUAUAAGACUACAAUGUUGGCACUGAAGUACUCGGGGGGCAAUAAGGGGCAGGAGGGAAAUUGGGAUACUUUUCUUGCAGGUCUAUUAGGUGGAUAUGUAGUAUUUGGAAGGAGGUCGAAGAAAGGUCAUGUUAGUAGUGUUAGUAAACAGAUUGUUGUAUUCGUAUUCGCACGAGCCUGUUUGUCCGCUGAGUUGGGGGAGCAUUAUGUGGCUAUUCAGGUGGUAUCCGGAUACGGUCCAAAGUGGGUUAAGGAGUAG